UACGGGAAGAUGGCCUCACCAAGGACAGUAACUAUUGUGGCUCUCUCUUUUGCUCUGGGUUUAUUUUUCGUGUUUAUGGGCACCAUUAAGCUCACCCCGAGGCUAAGCAAAGAUGCGUACAGUGAAAUGAAAAGAGCAUACAAGAGUUACGCCAAGGCGCUGCCGGGCCUGAAAAAGAUUGGGAUCAGCUCAGUCCUGCUCCGUAAGAUCAUUGGCUCUCUGGAGGUGGGCUGCGGUGUGGUGCUCACCCUCGUCCCGGGAAGGCCGAAGGACGUAGCCAACUUCUUGCUUCUGCUGGUCAUGCUGGCUGUCCUGUUCUUCCACCAGCUAGUAGGAGACCCACUGAAACGGUACGCCCACGCUCUAGUCUUCGGUAUUCUACUCACCUGUCGACUGCUUAUUGCCCGCCAGAGUGAUGACCGGCCGGAGAGAGAGGACAGCAGAGAGGAACAGUACAUGAAUGACCAGGAAAAGAACAAGGUCAAGCAGUCUUAAGGCCCUCUUCUACUGUGGUCCAAGUCCUAGCAAAGGAAACCUGGUGCGCCUCUAUGGAUUGUAGUAAUUCAAAUUUUGAAGGAAACAGUCACUCCCAGUAAUAAAAGCCCUCACACUAUCCCAUGUCCCAUCCAGCUGGCUGAUUGAUUACCCUCACCCACUCCUCUGCACUCUUAAUGUGAAACGGAGCACUCCUGAUCCUCUACAUCUACAUCCUCUACAUAACCGUGGACAGUCGUACCUGUGGAAAUGCUGAUAAGCUCAGCUCAUUGUCACAAUAGUCAAUCCAUUUUCCCUAUUUAUUUCAGCUCUACGCUGUGUGAAAUGUGUUUGUGUUUUUGUUUUUAAUGAAUUUCAUUUAUGUUACAAGUUGAUUUGAGAAUGCUGUUUUUCAUGAAAGAAUCUUUGUAGCUUGUUUUUCUAAUUUGUUUUUAUACUGUAGGUAGGAGAGACUGAUAAUCAUGAAUUUCCGUAGUACAAGCAUGUUUCAUUUGGUCAAGACAAUAUAACAUAAACCAAAAGGAGCACUGUUGAAAGAAUUUUGUACUAAUUGUACAUCAGCUAGUAUUACAUAUCCACAUCUUAUUUUGGUGUUACCAGAAAGCUAUUUUGAAAAGAAAAAAUAUAUAAAUCCUCAUUCAUUUUUCAUCUGAGUAGAUUUUUUUUUAGACGUGCGCAUGAAAUCCUUUCUUCCGAAGUAAAUUAAGCUGAAACGCCUUUCUCCUUUCGUUUCAGUUAUCACAGUGAAGUUGUUUAGCUGGGAAGGACAGCAGGUGCUGCCUCAGGUGUCUGCUGCUAGCUUGUACAGCAGAACAUAACCAAGUCAAAAAAAAAAAAGUCUUUUUGUCUGUUAAAAACUGAAUUUUACCUUUUGUAA